CGUUCUUUUCAGUGUGAGUGGAACGCCGGCGUUGAUAGAUGUAGAAGGUAGAGAAGCAUAUAAUAUGGCGACAACCUAAAGCCGGUUUCACGCAGUAUCGUAAACCAAAAACAUAGCAUGAACACACUUACUGCUAAAGACUGCUGUGAUUUUGUGUUCUCAGAACUUCCUUCUCACUUCCGUGACAGUGAUUUAAGUAGAAUGGGCGAGUAAAGCAGCGCGGAGCAGUGGGAACAGUGUCCUAUAUUGCUCUAAAGCAUGUUAAGCACUAUCAAACUACACGUAUCAUGGCUUGAAAGAGUAAAGUUCUAACAAACGCUCUAGUUUGCUGAAAUUAAAUGAAUACUACCUCGGAACGCGGUGAUUAAUUGUGUUUACAGUACUUUGUUUUACAAAUCAGUGUUUAUUGAUCUUUGUUUUACACUGUAAUCGAAAAAUAUGUCGUGAUCCAGUAGAACCGCAUAUUACCUUAAAUUCUGUGAUUAUACAACUUUUUCUAUCUCAAUAGUGUUCAUUAUCGUCAGUAUCAAAUACCAUUAGUGUAGAAAUUAGGAAAGAUGGAUGCUAAACUCUAUUUUAACGUGUAUCCCUACAAAAGAUGGAGGAAAGGUGAUAGCAGAGCAAAUAGGUGCCCUAGUAGGACUGACAGCGAGGCGGCAUGUGAAGAGGCAGCGAGACUUACAGCAGAACAACAAGAAGACGAUGAAGACGACGAGUACUGCGACUACCACGAUCUACCGCCCCCUCCCGACGGGGGGUACGGUUGGGUGGUGGUAUUCGCUAGUUUCAUGUGUAACAUGAUCGUAGAUGGUAUAGCGUAUACUUUCGGAGUAUUUUUGGGCGAAAUGGUGGCCUAUUACGAUGAGUCGAAAGGCAAGACGGCCUGGGUAGGCUCUCUCUUAAGCGGCAUGUACCUAAGCGCAGGCCCUUUGGUGUCGGCAUUGACCAACAAAUUUGGUUGCAGGGCUGUGUGUAUAGCUGGCAGUAUUAUUUCCACCUUAGCUUUCAUUCUCAGUAUUUUCAGCCCGACAGUGAAUUGGUUGAUGCUCACUUACGGUUUCAUCGGUGGUCUAGGAUUCGGAUUAAUCUACCUCCCAGCUGUCGUAUGCGUAGGCUAUUACUUUGAAACAAAACGUUCCUUGGCCACUGGGAUUGCCGUGUGUGGCUCAGGGGUCGGCACAUUCGCUUUUGCGCCCUUGGCCACCUUCCUAUUGGAGCAAUACGAUUGGAAAGGGGCCAAUUUGAUCCUAGCCGGGCUUAUUCUGAACUGCGUCAUCUUCGGGGCAUUGAUGAGACCGCUGGAGUACCCCAAGGAGAACGGGAAGAAGCCGCUGUUGCUCAGGAUGGCGGAAGAAAGGAGGAUUCAGAUGGAACGAGGGAGCAUAGGAGGUUCAUACUUCAUGGUUCAACUUCCGGAUGGCACAUGGGAAAAAAGACAGAAACAACCUUUAAACAUCGAUCCAGGAGUUCACUCAAGUCUCAAUUUGGAUCAACUGGCUCCAGGAACUCCGAUCACUCCAAUCCCUACAGUUGCUACUUUGCCUACGAUCACAGAAGCGAAAGUUACUGAUAUGAGUGGAAGUUCUGGAUCACCAAGCCCCAAAGAAAGCACUGUUGAGCUGAAACCGAAGAAUCCUAGGCUAGAAAUCAUCCAACAGGAAGGGCGAGUAAGAAGAGACUCUGACAACACAGAAUAUAAUACCCAACCGACGAAAGUAAUGCCUAGGAAUGCUUCCCAGCCUGCGUUCAGUUCUCAUGCUCAGGGUAUACCCAAGAACGGAUCAGUUCCUACGUUUGACAGGAUAAGAAAGACAUCAUUUGGAGAAAGGUUCAAACCUACCCUUGGUCCAAUUAAGUCAUCUUCUAGAAAUACUGUGAACGCUUCUAAUGGUGAUAUGAGAAGAAAAAGAAACGAAUCAACAGGCUCGUUCCUAAGUCGAAACAAUAAUAGUGAGGUUGACAUGGAAAGCUUAGCCUACACUUCAAAGCUGUCCAUAGCCUCGAGGAAAGAAAAAUCCCACAUGGUGAGGCCGAUGUCCAGAAAAGAUAUAUUUUACUCUGGAAGCAUCGUCAAUCUUCCCGAGUUCCAUAAGUCUCAGAAAAGCUUAACAAACUACAGGCAGAGUAUUCUGAGCAUACCUCAAAUGCGAACUUUGGAAGAUGAAGGAACUCCCGGUGAUAUUUGUCCAUGCCUGGUGUUGCCAGAAAGUUUCAAGUCUGCCUUAGCUCAGAUGUUGGAUGUGAGCCUACUAAAGAAUCCUGUUUUUAUGGCCAUAGGAAUUUCGAAUCUAUUCGGAAUGGCCGGAUUAUACGUCCCUUUUGUAUACCUAGUGGAUUUUGCGAAAACCAAAGGAAUUGAUUCUGGCAGUGCUUCUUUUCUAAUCUCGAUCAUUGGAAUCACGAACACUGUGGGCAGAGUCGCCUGCGGUUACUUUGCAGAUUUCCCCCAAGUCAAUUCGCUGUUGGUGAACAACAUUUGCCUGGUGGUCUCUACCAUCUCCGUCACUUUGACGCCAUUUUGUAAUAGCUACGCCAGUUACAUCGUCAUGGCUAUCUUCUUCGGAUUCGCUAUAUCUGGAUAUAUUUCGUUGACUUCGAUCAUCUUAGUAGAUUUGCUAGGUUUGGAUAAACUCACCAAUGCUUUCGGUCUUCUGAUAUUAUUCAGAGGUGCUGCUGCUAUAGUAGGAUCUCCCCUCGCAGGUGCCAUAUACGAUGCCACUCACUCGUACGACAUCCCUUUUUAUGUCGCUGGAGCCUUUUUCUUUGUUUCUGCAGUAACAAGCUUUGCGGCACCAGGUUUAAAAAGAUGGGCUCCUCAAGAGGAAGCUCCAAUGGGCGAAGGAGAUGCUUUAGCGCCCAUCGAUGAGGAUGAUGAAGAAGAUGAACCCAUUACAAUGGGACAGGGUGGCCAUUUAGUACCAAGAAUAACAGAAACGGCGUCGAGUCCAGUAUCGGAAAAGGAAGAAAUUCAGCAGAAGGAAUCUGUGUUAUAGAAAGAGUGAUGCGGAAUAAGUUUACCAUGAAAUGGAAAACAGAAUAAGAUAUUUUUAGCUAUUAAUGAAAACAAAUUAUUCAAUUUUGUUUGAGAUUAAUGCGGAAAAUAACAUGAAAUGUAACUGUAUAAUAUACAGACAAAAAGUAUGGGUAAUAAGCGAAAAAGUGCCGUUGAUUUUUUGUUUUAUUUUCAAUACAAAACUGUAUUGUGAUGUUUUUAAAGAAAGAUGCUACAGCUUUUUUAUUGGUCAUGUUAUUAUUGCACAAAAUCUCUUUUUUUAUCAUUACAUUUAAUACUUAUAUAGAUUUUUGUUCGAUAAGGGUGGUGAAAAUGUGUUCAUAAUUAUAAUAAUUAACAUUACAAUUACAAAAAAACUAUGUUGCUGGUUCCGACUUGUAGUGAUAUUGAUUCAAAUUUUGUGUUCACGAUUACGUGUUUGCGUAAAAAUGCUGUGAUUUAUAUUAUUCUUCACAAACACUUCUCAUACUGUCUCGCAAUAUUGUAACAUGUUAUUACAUAACCUGUUUCUGGUUAAAUAUUCCUUUAAGCAUUGGUUAAUGUAUUCUGCUCUAAGAGAAAAACCAUAUACUAUAUUCCGGCAUCCAAAAGGGAAUAUGAAAGAUACCAGUGCCAUCUGUGAGACAAUAGCAGAACACAAAAAUGAAUUUAGAAACCUACUUUGAAAAAAGUGAGUGUUUGGUUCUGUCAUUGCCUCAUUGAUUGCACUGGGAUCUUCAAUUACUUUUUUGCCUCUCUGAUGCCUAUUUUAAUUGGGUAUUUUCAGGUGGAGUAUGUUAAUCACUGUCUGGAGAUACCCAAUUAAAAUAGGCAUUGGAGACACCAAAAAGGGAUUGAAGAUCAUAGUGUCAUCUAUGAGUCGGUAGCAGAACCAAAUACUCUUUUCUACGUAGAUUUCUAAAUCCAUUUUUGUAUUCUGCUACAGUUUCAUAGAUGGCGCUGGUUUCUUUUAGAUUCCAUUUUGGAUGCAGGAAUACAGUAUAUAGGCUACCUUAGGAAGGAUACGUUGAACAUUACUUUAAGUCAUAAAUACUCCUUGGUUUUGGAAUCCUUGGUCUGUAUUUUCUUCACUUCCAAGGCACAAUAUGUUUUAAUAUUUAUGUAAAUGUGAAUUUAAAUUUUUUGGCCUAUUAUUUCAGAAAUUCUUGAUUUUUCGCUUUUUCACCACCACAUCUUUAUUUCGGUGAGUUUACACAUAUUUUUAUCUCAGCUCAGGACAAUUUUCACGCGAAUUUCUCUUGCACAGUACAACAAGACCUCAAAAGGAACAUGCAGUGUGGCUUGAAAUAUAACUUAAAUGAGUUUUUACGUGCAUAGAAUACACAUGGUGGAAGUGCUGAAAAGGCGAAUAGAGAAUAUGAACACCUGUGCCCUUCUCUUCUUGUUCCUUGUCUUUUCUCCAUUUGUUCUUUUCUAUAACGAAAUGAAGAAAUGACACAGUGUGGGAAGUUUCAUGAACACUGUAUGUACUUUGCGGUUGUACCGUGAUUCAAAAAUGAUUUGGAAGCAACUGAUAUGAUGUGUUGCUUUUGACAUCAUUUUAGCCUUAUGAAAUAUUUCUAAUUAGGUUAGGCGAAAAAAUGUAAAAUAUGUAUUAAAAACGUUUAAAUAAAUAUGAAAAAAUGAUCUCAUUUCUCUA